AUGGUGAACGCAAAGACUCAGCUGGCCUGUGUCCUGGCACUGGCAUUGGCGGUCCUCCGAAGUCCGGUCUUCGUGAGCCCCGCAGUCCAAACACGUCGCCAAGUCCUCACCGCGGCGGUAGGUCUUCCAGUGGCCGUCUUCCAGGCAGAGUCCGCCUUCGCCAGCGCUGCCUGUGAUGCCGCGGAUUUGGAGAAGUACAGCAAGCUGAAGGUCCAAUGGGACAAUGCCAUGAAGACCUUUUUGCUGGAAGAUCCACCGGGCGGAACUUGGGAAGACAGGUGCAUCCGGCGGUUUGGGAGCUCUCAGUUCCCCAAGGACGCAGGCGAGAAAUGCAUGGCGAAGCGCGUGUCCCAGGCCACCGGGCUCUCACCGGGUUGCAGCGCCUGCUGGGGUGCCCUGACACAGUGCACCUACGACAAUUGUGCCUCGCUCUGCUUGGAUGCGAAGUCCUCCCCGUGCAAGCAAUGCAUUUCCAAUACCUGCGCCGCGAGCUUUGAGAGUUGCUCAGGCAUCAAGCUCUGA